UUGGGUAAUCAUCAAUCGAUUCAAAAAAAAAAAAAAAAGAAAAAAAUGCUUUCUACACACACAUUGAUUCUAUGUUUGGUAAUAAUCCUACCAUUUCUAGAUGGUACAAUUCAAGUGAUGACCAAAAAUCAAUUGGUACAAGAUUGUAAUUCGACACCAAGUCUUGAAAAUGUGAAUGCUCAAUUUUUAGUGAAUGAAGUACGAAAAUUCGUUGAUAAUUGUAUCAAAACUAAAGAUGGUAUUCGAUUCCGUAAACGAUAUCCACAUCUGAACAAAAUGAUGAAUUCAAAUGAGAUGAGUCCGGUAUUAUGGCUAAAAGAUCCAUUGCUUUUAUCCACACCAUCGACAACAUCAUUGCCAUGCGAUCCUUCUCAUACAUCAUCAUGUAUGAUUCAACCAACGCAACAACAACAACAAUCACAAUCAUCAUUCGAAGGAAUGGAUGAAAAAUUGAUCAAAAAAAUUAUUCUAUUAGAAUUUUUGAAUCAAUUUCAACCACCAAAAGAUACAAGCAUUUUCUGAUGCAUAAUCUUCUUCAUGU